ACCAAGCUUAGAAUCUGCGCCAGGAGCUGUUGCGCAGAUCAAAUUCCUGGAAGUGAGAAUGCAGCGUUUAUAAGGGAGCAGAUUUAGGCCUUUUUAUCGCCAAACAGCCUCUGUUGUAACUGCAGUUGGGAAAGCUGCACCUGCGAAGAAAGUGAAAGACGACAUUUGCUACACAUUUUAAAAGAAAUUUUGAGGAUUAAUAUAAUGGCGAUUCCUAGCUCCGUACUCGCCAUUGGCUGGAUACCAUUUGUCGUUGUACUAACGCUGUCCCUCAUCUUUGCCUUUUGUUACAUACGCUUUUACCAACAUCAUGAAUUAUCAGAAGUCUCCUGCACAUUAAUUUCUGUUGUUGCCUUGUUUAUCACGUUUUUGACAACCAUCCUUGUACCUGUUGAUGUUUUUCUUGCAUCUUUCAUGAAGAGUUCAGAUGGUUUCUUCAAGAGCUGGGCACAGGAUCCUUCUGCAAGAGCUUCCAUGCAGGAAACUGUCACUUAUGCUUAUUAUACACUGUACGGCUGCAUUGCGCUGUUCAUAUUCAUCAUUUUGCCCUUCAUGUAUUUUUUCUAUGAAGAAAAAGACGAUGACGAAACAUCCUCUUCUCGAGCCUGCACUUCACUCAAGUACACUGCUGUGUUUUUGCUGUUGGCUUUGGUUGUUCUUGUUACAGGGGCUUUUGUUCCAUUGCGUGCACCCCCUAGCAAUGUGACAAGUGCUGGAGAUAAGCUAAGCUAUCUCAAGGAAGAGCUCAAAGUUUACACACAUGCUGAGCAAUGCAUCUCUGUUAUGGUUGGAGUCCUUUCUUUGUUUGGAAUCACGCUGCUUGCAUUCUACACGGGGUAUGGCUUGAGUGCAUUGCCAUUAAAGAUGUUGUCUUGUUGCAAAGGAAACACGGCAGAAGAGGAGGAUGGACCUGUCACAAAUGGCCUAUCGCGAAGGGAGCGUGACGAAACACGUGCAAGAAUGUUGCGAGCCAAAGCGAACAGCGGCAGAAACCUGACCAGGUGGGAGCGAAAUCAGCUGCGUAGAAUCGAGGAAGAUGAACGGUUGCGAAGGAGAAAUGAAAGACGCAGACGAAAUGCAAAGAACAGCAUUUGCGGGAAAAUAUCAUUAAUUUUGGCGCCAUUUAGAGCCCUGUUCGGCGUACUAAUGUUGUUGUUGUCAUUGCUGAUUAUGACCGCCAUUGUUAUCACAAGCAUCGACAAAAGCAGGAAUUCUCUCGGCUAUAAAUAUGGCUAUGCGUUGCCAAAGCCCACCAUUUUCAAUCCAUUGAACGAGCUCAUGUUGUUCCUACAACAGGUUUUUCCUCUGGAUUAUUUGCUUUAUCUGGGUAUUGUGCUAUUCCUGUUCUUUGCCACAAUGACCGGCCUAAAGCGAAUUGGCAUCUGGUGCUGUUGUGUUCGUAUGUACAAGAUCAGACCACAGCGGACUAUGCCUCAAGCUCUACUGCUAAUGAUCUUUAUGAUGAUGUUGAUCGUUGUUGCAAUCAAUGUCUUGCUCUUCACGAUGGCUCCCCAAUACACCUCGUUCGGUUCUCAGCACUUUGUGGGAAACACCAGCAGUGGCCUCCUGAAAAAACAAAUUUGUUCAACUGAAUCUCCUCCAGAUGAAUGUGAGAUGACGAGGAUGGCCGUUCUUCUAAACAAACUGUUCUACAAAGCUUGGUUCUUCGGUGUUUACUACUACUACGCUCAAUGGUGCCUUAUCGGGGUGUUUGUAAUUGGAUUCAUUGUUUCACUGAUCAAAUGCAAAGAACCAGAUUAUGACGAAGCGGACCCUGAAGAUUCAGAUGAAGAACAACUGAUAACAGCUUAAAGUAAACCCGGUUGCGUUUGUAGUUGCAUUUUUUUUACGUUCUUUCAACUAUUCACGAAAUCAACGCUUUUCUUCCUUUGAUUGGAGACAGGCACAAACCAAUGAGGUAUUAGCUUAACUGUAUAUGUUAGUUUGCUAAUAAGCGCUGUUUACAGUCUUAAUUUAAAUGUUAAGCUAAGCGAAAGUCGCCUAGACAUCCAACUUUUCGUCGAGGUUAAUGGAUAGCUUCUUUACCGGUUAGCUUCUUUACCGAAUAGCUUAUGUGCCGGAUAGCUUCUUUACCGGUUAGCUUCUUUACCGAAUAGCUUCUGUGCCGGAUAGCUUCUGUACCGGAUAGCUUCUGUACCGAAUAGCUUCUGUACCGAAUAGCUUCUGUACCGAAUAGCUUCUGUACCGAAUAGCUUCUGUACCGAAUAGCUUCUGUGCCGGAUAGCUUCUUUACCGGAUAGCUUCUGUACCGAAUAGCUUCUGUACCGAAUAGCUUCUGUGCCGGAUAGCUUCUGUACCGGAUAGCUUCUGUACCGGAUAGCUUCUGUGCCGGAUAGCUUCUGUACCGAUAGCUUUUUGUAUCAGAGAAUUCGGUUGUUUCGUUAAAUGUCUUAAAUUUGCAUCAGUGCAGUAGCUUCAACGGAGACAAAAGCUAACUUGUUUUUCAGUUGAUUGCCACGAUGCUGUUGGCUGCCUGUGUUUUUAUUUCCCCGAAGGAAUGGCUUCGAAAGAGUCGUCAAUCUAGUUUCUUUCACCUUUUACCUUUAUUGGUUUCUGCAAGUUUGAGAGAAAUGCUGUUAAGCUAUUCUUGGUGUUAAAUGUUUCUUCAUGUUGAAUAAUUACCUGCAGAAUAACUUCUUUGUAAUUGUUGGCUUUUGUGUGAAUAAUUAUACUAAAUUUAGAAGCAGUAAUAAAUACGAUCCUAUCUUGUCACAGUACUAACCUGAAUGAGCAUCACCUGAUUUACUCCCUAAAUACCCGCUCGCCUUUCUUUAGAUCCCUUUCCCGACGUGCAAAGGGCACCAUUUAAUAUAGGUAUUUCCUUCCAAAGGUAAAAGCACAUGAUUACAUGUUGACACUACCGCCUCGGUACAUCAGGGGUGUCACACAGUGACACAUUGCCCAGUUAAUGAGUGAUUCUCCAUUACCUGUGCUAUUACCAAUGUAUCGAUUGAUUCCUGAGACCACGAAAAUUGUAAUUAUUGUCAAAGACAGGACCUAGCUGCAUAUCUAUAAGAUCAACGAAGAUUAUCAAUGUCACUAUGUCACUCCGUCCCCCCCCCCCUUAAACCUCGUUUCCCUGUUUUUUGAUGCUUCGUAGAUAGUUCAGGAUAAAUCUCAGUCUACUGUUUGGGACAGUUUGAAUAAGCACAAGUCUAAAGCUCUUGAGAUGAUUGCAGUCGUAUCAUCGUAGAAGUAUGGUACAUUUGUGAACUCAAAACGAAGGCUGUUGCUUUUUAUGUGUUUGCCUUUACACGUUCAGUUUCAUACCUGGCAAAAAAGAUUUUUACUGGCAUUUUGGUGAAAGGAAAUCAUUCGCAAGAGGUACUGUGGCAAUAUGUAACAUAUGGUGGUAAUGUUGAACCAUGCAUUUAUUUGAGUGUGGUUACAAUCAAGUAUGAUCCUUCGUUGUAGAGCAAUCGCGUAGUCAUGAAACGAAAUUUGAUUGUUAAUUACGUAGUACGGGAUUCUUUUAUUGUAGUUCAGAUUCAAUGUAUAUAGUGAAUUAAUAAACAAA